AUGGCAAGUAACAGUUCAAAACAUGGUUCUAACUCUUUAAAAGAUUCAGAAGAUGGCACUGCUUCUAUAAAAGAUUCGGAAAAUGGUUCUAACUUCUUAAAAAUUUCAGAAAAUGGUCCUGCCUCUAUAAAAGAUUCGGGAAAUGGUUCUAACUCUUUAAAAGAUUCAGAAGAUGGCCCUGCCUCUAUAAAAAAUUCCGAAAAUGAUACCUCUAUUAGUAGAUUUAAAAAAAUGAUAGUAUUGGCAUUUAUGGUUGUGCCUUGUUGGGUAAAAGACUUCCUUAUGCUUUGGUUCGGAGCAAAAUCUCUUAGUUUAGUUGCUUGUUAUUUAAUAGCAGCAGGAA